UUCUCAUAUGUUCAAUCGCACUCACAUCUCUCAGAUCAGACGUCCAAUUCAACUCUUCAGUGAGCCGAUUCCAGCGAAACUUCUCCGCUUGCGUCCGCCGGGCUCAUCGAUCGGCUGAAGAUUCGACAUGGAAGGGAACUCUAGCGGAGGAACAGCAGCGGGAGGUGGAGGAGGGAGCGAUGUGGAGCUGGUGAGCAAGACGUUGCAGGUGGAGCACAAGCUUUUCUAUUUCGAUCUCAAGGAGAAUCCUCGCGGAAGGUACCUCAAGAUAUCUGAGAAGACGUCGGCGACGAGGUCAACCAUCAUCGUUCCUUCCUCCGGCAUCUCAUGGUUCCUCGAUCUCUUCAAUUACUACGUCAAUUCCGAGGAACACGAGCUUUUCAGCAAAGAGUUACAGCUUGAUUCCAAGGUGUUUUACUUCGACAUCGGUGAUAACAGGAGGGGGAGGUUCUUGAAGGUUUCAGAAGCAUCUGUUAGUAGGAACCGAAGCACCAUUAUUGUUCCUGCUGGAAGCUCCCCUGAUGAAGGAUGGGCUGCUUUCAGGAACAUAUUGGCUGAGAUCCAUGAAGCUUGUGGGCUUUUCGUGAUGCCAAAUCAGAAACCUUCUGAUGGACAAGAACAUCUGGUUGGACUUUCAGAUGAUGUUGGCGCUGGAUUUAUACCUGGUCAUGGUAACCAACCAGCAUCUUCUUCUUCGGAUCUUACUGUGGAUCGAGCAACUGACUUGCCUGGCCAGGAUGAAACCGGAUUGACUGGUGUUUCCAAGGUAAUCAGAGCUGACCAGAAACGCUUCUUCUUUGAUCUUGGGAACAACAACAGGGGCCAUUUCCUCAGGAUAUCCGAGGUGGCAGGUUCUGACAGGUCAUCGAUCAUUCUACCGUUAUCUGGUCUAAGACAGUUUCAUGAAGUAGUUGGUCACUUUGUGGAGAUCACCAAAGAUAAGAUUGAUGGGAUGACAGGUGCAAAUGUCAGGACUAUUGAUCCUCCUCAUAGAUGAGCAACUUGAUUCUUUUAGGGGUUGGGGGAAAUAAUUUUGAAUUCAUUCGAAAUUUCCCAAUCCUCUUGAAUCUCAGCGACUUCUCAAGUAGCUGUCUGAUCACCUGUGUGCAAUAGUUUCGAGUAAUUUAUCGCCCAUUCACAUCAUCUAAAAAAUAAUUCAGCAGAAUCAUCAUUGUCUUUUAGUAGCAGAUUAAAAAAAAAGGGGGCUGGAGUCUGCAACUGGAAAUAAGCUGAAGUCAUCUAUCUCUCCCUCCUUCCCCACUCUUCUCAUUUGGUUAUGUUCUGUUUUAACUUUUUUUGUUUGCUCUCAGUUUGGGCCAUUGGUUGUAUAUCUGUUGACAGCUUUGCAUUUCAGUUGUAAAAGAACAUUGGGUUUGGGCUAAUGCCAGUUGUGUAAUAAUAAUCAAUAAAUAAUUGAUGUUCCAUA